CAUUCUUCUCUGCGUACAUCCGUACCCCAUCUCUCACUACCAAUUUUGCCCUUGAUUGCCCUCUGCUCUUAACAGCUUCUAUCUCACCGCUGGCCACCAAGACAGUCCGGCCUAGAGCGUCGACGACCCACCGCCAUCCGGUACUUGCUUGUUUACUUUUUUUGGUGUUGUUUGUUUUUUUGCUUGAUGCCCUCCGCUGGACGAUAAUAUCUUUUCGAUACUAUGAACAAGAACUGGAAUGACAGGGCAGAUAAAGAUCUGUUCUUCACCAUCCUAUCCGUCAAAAACAUAGGCGUUAUAAGCGGAGCAGAAUGGACCACCAUCGGUAACCAUAUGCGCGGCCUAGGCUAUGGCUUUACGAAUGAAGGAUGUCGACAGCACUUUCAGGGGCUGAGGAGAGCCCAAAACAAGAAUGAAACAGAUGGUUCUCACUCUGAUAGCGCUAGGCGCGCAGAUCCAACUCUGAAUCCUAUUACGAGAAGACCCGGCCCAGGUCGUGGCCGGCCUCGCAAGUCACAGGCUUCAGAAGCAGCUCAGCCCGGCACAAGUGAUGCUGCUGAUGCCGUUGCCUCCCCCACUGCUGUUCCUGCUAGUGUUCCCACCACCCUUUCUCCUACUGCCCCUACGAUGCUUCCCGGGGCUAUGGUCCCUGGCAAUAUGGUACCUAAUAACUCCAUGCCUGGCCAAGGACCAGGGAUGGCUUCUCAUGCUAUGCCUAUCCAACAGCAUCAGCAUCCACAACUUCAGCCCCAACACCCACAUCAACACCAGUUUCAGCAUCAGCAAUUUCAGCAACAAUUACAACAUCAGUCUCAGAUUCCACCGCAGCUCAAAGCGGAGAUUCCUGAAGGCGGCGAUAUUUCUGCUCAAAACUCAAACCAUAUUGAUUCCAGUCAUCUAGCCGAGUCUGAGGCUGACUCAGCGACUUCUCAAGACCAACUUCAGCUAGAUCCUGUACAGAGUGGCGAUGAAGACACAGACGAACAUCCUGCCAAGCGCCAGAGACUAGAUCCUCAUGACCUAACCCAAGAUUCAGCUCUCGAUGACGAGGCCGUUUUAGCUCUGGCUGCGCAUAACGGCACAGAUGCGACAGACCCAUAUCCAACAGAUUUUGGAUACAGAGAAGCAUAGUUUGUUCUUGGAGCUAGAGAUCGGAAUAAAUCCUCCGCAUGAUGUUUCGAACAUGUGAAGGGCAGCAUGUUUGCUAAACUUGAGCGCGUUCAAGCGAGCUGAUUUUACGUCUGUUACCUUUUGUUCGGGCUAUAUCUCAUUUCUUGGAGACACUGCCGAUAUUACGCCUUGUGUUUUGCAGUGUCUUAAUGCAAGAACACUAGGCCUCCAUUCCUUUUUCUUCCCCUUUUUUUCGGUUUGGCAUAUAAUUUUAGCGCUUCUUGAAGGAUUGAUGAUCAUAUGAUUUACAGCUAUGACCUUGGGCAAUGCCACAAAGGAUAUAGUAUGGCGCAGACGGCAUGGCAUGCUGUCAGGAGUGCAGCAGGUAUAUUAUUAGAGCUUGGAGGAAAUUUUGCUGGCAAGUAGAUUAGGAGCUCACAAUUGGG